AUGAGGUCACGCGAUGGAUCAUCUCCUAAACUCGUUUCAGCUAUUGUGAGAGCCACCCUUGAACAUCCGGUAGGGUUUGGUCAAAAACUGGCACUCAGAUGUGUUCAGGAAGGAUUGACAACAUUUGCUGCUUGUUUAACUAAAGAGGGAGUCAAAAAUUUGUCAGAACAAUCGCGCUUUUGUCCAGGGACUUUGUUUGGCUUUCAAAUGAACGUGAGCAAUGAGAAGAGCGUAGAAGAAGGAAGAAAAUUUGUUGAAAAUCGACUACGAUCUUCUAACUUAGACCUGAAUUUGGACGGUUCUGGACGGCCGUCCCGGAGGAGAGUCGCCGAAAGGCGAAGGCGAAGAAGAAAAAAUAAGAUAUUCCCGAAUACUUGGAGUGUAGCCGAUAAUUAUUAUCAGGAAGAUAAGUUGCACAUGAAGGAAGAAGCCUGGACGGCUUUGGAACCGGAGAGCAAGAAGAUAAGCAAAAGGAAGAAAAGCCGUUGCUAG